AGUAGUAAAACUGUUUUACUGCAAAAUGGAGCAACAAUAGCAGUAGUCGUAGAAAAAUUGUAAGGCUGGCUGAAUCUUCGCACAUAAGGCACAUCGCACCAGAGAAUCCUAAGAGAGAAGCACACACACCUAGCUAGAGUAAGCAUUAGUAGUACUGUACUAUAAUCAGUGAGCUUACCCACUAAUCGCGAUUAGCAGGUUGACUAAUCGCCCGCGCCACUUGCAUCUAGAUGCAUCUGGUGACUAUAAGCUCCACCACCGCUUCUUCUUCCUAGGCCAGACGAGACCACACACUAGGAGUACUACUGGCUUAGCCGCCUUCUUCCAGUAGCUCCUCCCCGUGCGGUGUGGGCAGAGGCGAUGAAGCAGCCGGCGGCGAGCCCGGGGCGGGCGGAGAAGCCGCAGCAGCUGCCGGCGCCGCCGGGGCUGGCGCGGCUGCUGCUGAGCAAGAGCCGGCGCGGGGCGCGGUCGCGGCGCGCGCCGGCCACAUCGCCCAUGUUCGUGUCCCGGCCCGGCCGGAGCCGCGGCGCGGGGGCGGCGGACGGCGGCGGGGAGCCGUCGUCGCCCAAGGUCACCUGCAUUGGCCAGGUGCGGAUGCGGAAGAACAAGGGGAAGAAGAAGAAGAUAGGGGCGCCGGCGCCGGAGAAGACGAAGGUGUCGGCCAGGGGGUACUGCCGGUGCCUGAAGAAGGCGUUCCUCUGCGGCGGGCUGUUCGGCGCGUACUUCGACGACCACCGGAGGCGCGGCGGCGACAAGGCGGCGCCGGAGCCGGUGGAGCGGGGACGAAGGUCUCCCUGGGUGUUCAGCAGCAGGGACGUGGCCGUCGCCGCCGCGCCCAAGCAACAACCGGAUCCGAGCCGAGACGGCGCCGCGGAAGAAGAGGAGGAAGAAAGCCAGAUGGGGGUCUUUGGGUCAGUGGAGAGAUACGAGAAGGAUCAGCCGGGGAUCGAUGGCCACGACAAAGAGGGAGGCGAAGAAGAAAAGUCUGCCGCGGCGGAGGAGGACGCGCUCGCGUCGUCCUCCGCGGCGCCGCCCAAGAACGCGCUCCUCCUGAUGCGCUGCCGCUCGGCGCCGCAGAACCGCUCCUCCCCUCUCACCGCCAGGUUUGCCGCCGCGCCCUCGCCGACCCAGGACGCGGCGCCGGCUCGGGCUUCUCCUUCACCCGCUCCGUCUCCCCGGAAGGCGGCGGCGGUGGGAAGGGUAGACGACACGUGGCAGGACCUGGAAGCAGUACCAGCCGCAGGGAAGCAAGAGGAAGAAGAAGAGGUGCGCGGAGAAGAGCACGAAGAAGAAGACGAGGAGGAAGAAGAAGAGAUGCGGUGCUCGUCGGCGCGGCCGCUGGUGCUGCCGAGGUGCAAGUCGGAGCCGGCGACGACGGCGGCGGCGAAGAUGGCCGCCGGGACGGACCCGGAGGCGACACCUUCCGGGUGCUUCUGGGCCAACGGCGGGGGCAGCGGCCGACGGAGGCACGCGCCGCCCACCUUGGCCGCUCCGGUGGCUUUGACCGGUCACUGAGUAGGUGGGGACCCAGGCUGUCUCUCUUUCCGUAUACUAGUAAGAUAUGAUUUCCUUUUGUUGAUGCUGUUUUUAGAAUGCUACUGUUAUUAGUACUACUCGUGGUAACUGUAAUUUCUUGUGGGGUAAAUGCUUGUAUAAAAAGUUUUACCUAAUGGCGCUGUGAAUCUUUUUUUUUGCGGGGAAA